CUGACACAUCACAUUCACACAUUUAAUGGUGCUCCCUGCACCCAGGGUUUGGCUCAAGAACUUCAUUCCACCUGAUCUCUUCAGAAGAUCAACCAUACCCCCCAAACUUCUGUCCCCUUGUCUCACUCCAAGGCAGCAGUCAUGAACUGGGGUGCGCUGGAGGCUCUCCUCAGUGGGGUCAACAAAUACUCCACGGUGUUCGGUCGGGUUUGGCUCUCAAUGGUCUUCGUCUUUCGGGUGUUGGUGUUUGUGGUGGCGGCUCAGCGGGUGUGGGGUGACGAGAGCAAAGAUUUUGUAUGCAACACUGCUCAGCCGGGCUGCACCAACGUGUGCUAUGACUACUUCUUCCCCAUCUCCCACAUCCGCCUGUGGGCCCUGCAGCUCAUCUUCGUCACAUGCCCGUCGCUGAUAAUUGUCGGACACGUCAAAUAUCGAGAGAUGAAAGACUUAAAGUACACCACCACCCAUAAGGGUAAACACCUGUAUGCAAACCCUGGGAAGAAACGUGGAGGGCUGUGGUGGACAUACCUGGUGAGCCUGAUUUUCAAGGCAAGCUUUGACGCUGGUUUUCUCUACAUCCUUUACCACAUCUACGAAGGGUACAACUUACCUCGUUUGUCCAAGUGUUCCCUGGAGCCUUGCCCGAACACGGUGGACUGUUACAUAUCCCGCCCUACGGAGAAGAAGAUCUUCACUCUCUUCAUGGUCGUGUCCUCUGCUGUCUGCAUCUUGAUGUGUAUCUGUGAGAUGGUUUACCUCAUCUUCAAACGCAUCAAGAAACUAAUCAAGAAAAAAAUAGAUGCAGACAGGAGGCACAAGUCUAGAUCAUCUUUGAGAGUGGAUCCAACAGCCUCUAUCCAGAACCUGAGUAACAGCAAGACCGAGGAGACACCAACAAAGAAAUAAGAACCAUGGUGCUCGGGCUACUCUGAAAAACUAAUUGAAUAACUUCCAGGUGCCACUUGAAGCAAAUGCAUCCUUCUGACUGCUUGCAGAACUGUUUCUCACCAGCAAAGAAAUACGCAGCGAUUUGUAAAUAAAACUUUGUUAAAUGAUAUUCUGCAUGAAAAUCGACAGCAAAAGUGCAGAUGAAAGAGGAAGCUAUUUUUUGAGUAAUGAUGCUCUAUGUGUGUAUGAUUGU